AUGCUAGCACACCAACUCUUUCAAUCUUGUCUACGGACUCGGCCACAUGCUAUUGCCACAUUCGCCAGCUGUCCCUGGCGCCGCAAUGCUGCGACCGCUGCAGCCCUCGCAAAGGCUCCAGAGCCUGAGCUGGAAGCUCCUGCUGCACCCUCGUAUCCCCUCUCUGACGGAGACUUGCAUCGACUAAGGUUCCAGCGGAACAUUGGCGUGUCUGCUCACAUAGACUCGGGCAAGACUACCCUUACGGAGCGCAUAUUGUACUAUACUGGACGGAUUCGCGAAAUCCACGAAGUGCGCGGACGGGAUAACGUAGGCGCAAAGAUGGACAGCAUGGAUUUGGAGAGGGAGAAGGGUAUCACUAUCCAGAGCGCGGCCACUUUCUGCGACUGGGUCGCUACUAUGCCGGUAACUGGAGAAAAAGAGAAGUAUGCCAUUAAUAUCAUUGAUACCCCAGGCCACGUCGAUUUUACCAUUGAAGUCGAACGUGCUCUACGUGUGCUGGACGGUGCAAUCUUGGUUCUCUGUGCGGUCUCUGGUGUCCAGAGUCAAACAACGACGGUCGAUCGGCAAAUGCGGCGGUAUAAUGUGCCUCGGAUAUCACCUGGCGCAAACCCUUGGCGUGUCAUUGACCAGAUUCGAGCGAAGCUGCGAAUUCCUGCAGCUGCUGUACAAGUUCCCAUAGGCGUCGAAGACGAGCUCAAAGGUGUCGUUGAUCUCGUACGCUGGAAGGCUGUCUACAACGAGGGCGAAAAAGGCAACACCAUCGUCGAAUCAGAUGAGAUUCCUGCUUCGGUGCUUGAGUUCGCCCAAUCGAAACGCCGUGAACUCGUGGAACAACUGGCCGAGGUCGAUGACGAGAUCGGUGAGAUGCUAAUCAUGGAUGAAGAACCCAACACGCAGCAGCUCGCCGAAGCAAUUCGUCGCGCGACAGUCGGUCUUAAGUUUUCUCCGGUAUUUUUGGGCUCUGCAGUCAAGAAUAUGUCGGUUCAGCCUCUCCUAGAUGGUGUGUGCGCGUACCUCCCGACGCCGUCGGAGACAGAGGUUGUCGCGCAUGAUACGACGCUUCCCAUUGAUGCGGCCCCAGUACCUCUGGUCCCUGCUGCAAAUGCUCCUAUGGUCGCGUUGGCAUUCAAGCUCGAAGAAGGUCGCUUUGGACAGCUCACGUAUAUGCGUGUGUAUCAAGGUAGCAUACGCAAGGGGCAGUUCAUCUUUCAAGCGCGGACGGGGAAGAAAGUCAAGGUCCCUCGCUUGGUGAGGAUGCACAGCAACGAAAUGGAGGAUGUGGAGGAAAUUGGGCCUGGCGAAAUCUGUGCGAUCUUUGGUGUUGAUUGUGCUUCCGGUGAUACCUUCACUGACGGCUCAUCGAAUUUCUCCAUGACCUCCAUGUAUGUGCCAGAGCCUGUGAUCUCGCUCGCUCUAAAGCCUGUGGGACAAGAGACUCCAAACUUCUCUCGCGCCCUGAACCGGUUCCAGAAGGAAGAUCCUACCUUCCGGGUGCACAUUGACAAAGAAAGCAAAGAGACCAUCAUCUCUGGCAUGGGAGAAUUGCACCUUGAGAUCUAUGUUGAACGCAUGAAGCGCGAGUACAAUGUCGAAUGCACGACCGGCAAGCCGCGUGUGGCCUUCCGCGAGACAAUCACGCAGCGCGCAGACUUCCAUUACACGCACAAGAAGCAGACUGGUGGUGCGGGCCAAUAUGCACGGGUCAUUGGCUAUGUGGAGCCUAUGGAGCCUGAUCCGAAGACGGGAAAGGAUGUCGCGUUCGAGAACUUCGUCAUGGGAGGCAACAUUCCCUCGAGCUACAUCCCGGCAUGUGAGAAGGGCUUCUUUGAGGCGCUGGAGAAGGGUAGCUUAUCUGGCAACCCGAUAUGUGGGAGCCGCCUCGUGCUGCAGGACGGCCUCGCACAUUCUGUCGACUCGUCCGAGUUGGCGUUCCGUCUCGCGACGAUCGGCGCUUUCCGUGAAAUCUAUGCGAAGACGAAACCGGUCAUCUUGGAGCCCAUCAUGAAAGUCGAGGUCGUUGCACCUUCGGAAUUCCAAAGUGCUGUCAUUGGUGGGUUGAAUCAACGGCGAGGAACGAUUACGGACAGUGAGGUCCGGGAGGACGAGUUCACGGCCAUCGCGGAGGUCGCCCUGAACGACAUGUUCGGGUACUCGAGCCAUUUACGCGGUGUCACCCAGGGCAAAGGUGAAUUUAGCAUGGAGUACAAGUGCCAUAUGCCUGUUAUGCCGCAGGUGCAGAAAGAGCUGGAAGAGGCAUACAAGAAGACUCUCCCGCAGGCGAAAAAGUAA